UUCCUGUCGCCAAUUAAAGAUAGAAGCAAUCUGUAUGUAAUGAAAUCUACUCGAGCCGACGCCAUUCUCCUCGAUGGUACUCAAGCGGUCGGAGUACGCGUGACUUUGAAAGACGGAAGGUCAAUCGACGUGAAAGCCUCGAAGGAGGUAAUCCUGUCGGCUAGCAGCAUCGGUAGUCCCCAACUCCUUAUGCUCUCCGGUAUCGGACCUAAGCAGCAUUUACACGCAAUGGGGAUACCUAAUGUCGUUGAUUUACCUGUCGGCAAAAAUCUUUAGGAUCACCUUAAAUGGAUGUGCGUGUUCUGGGCUUUUAAAAACCACAGCGCAACACCUUCACCCGCAAAUUUAUUGGAUAAAGCUUACAAGUACUUAAUUUACAAUCGAGGUCCCUUGGCAAGUAGCGCAGCUCAUGAUCUUCAGGGGUUCGGUAACGUACAUGACCCAAGUUCCAAGUAUCCAAACAUUCAGUUUUAUCAUAAACAUUUUCAACGAGGGCAAAUGGAUAAAACGUUCAUUACACUAAUGCAGUUUUACGUAAACGAAGAAAUAAGUCAAGAGAGAGCAAGAAUUACAACAGAGGAAACGAUACUCACUCCUGUACCUGUUCUGCUAAAACCAAAGAGUAUAGGCGAAUUGCGGCUACGUAGCAAAGAUCCGGCGGAUCCAGUCAGAAUCUUUGCCAAUUAUUAUUCCGUACAAGAGGAUGUGGAAACGAUGUUAAAGUCUUUGGAUGUCGUGAAAAAAAUGAUGAACACAAUCAUUUAAACGGCAUGGAGUAAGAUUGCAUCACCUAAACAUUGCGGGUUGCCGUAAUACUGAACCUGAUUCUGAAGAAUAUUGGAAGUGUA